CUUCCGGUUAGCAACGGAGUGGUAGCGCUUGGUUCUCCUAGCAACCGGGCAAAGCGUCUGCUGCGUGGAACCAGCCCGGUAGCCUGUGCUUCGGAAGGACAAUUCUGAAUCUGUUUCUCUGUGAGGAGGCAACUCCACUGACAGUGGUGUGAAACUCUCCACUGCCUUCCCCACCUCCUGCCUCUGGUUUUCAGCAACAACGCUGUCCUCAGGGAAGAUGAACCGACUGUGCAACUCCAUGGAGCCAAGAGUGAUGGACGAUGACAUGCUCAAGCUGGCCGUGGGGGAGCAGGGCCCAAGGGAGGAGGCCGGGCAGCUGGCCAAGCAGGAGGGUAUCCUCUUCAAGGAUGUCCUAUCCCUGCAGCUGGACUUCCAGAACAUCCUCCGCAUUGACAACCUCUGGCAGUUUGAGAACUUGAGGAAGCUGCAGCUGGACAAUAACCUCAUUGAGAGGAUUGAGGGCCUGGAGAACCUCACCCACCUGGUCUGGCUGGACCUGUCCUUCAACAACAUCGAGGCCAUCGAGGGGCUGGACGCCCUGGUGAACCUGGAGGACCUGAGCUUGUUCAACAACCGGAUCACCAAGAUCGACUCUCUGGAUUCCCUUGUCAAGCUGCAAGUGCUGUCACUGGGCAACAACCAGAUCGGCAACAUGAUGAAUAUCAUCUACCUGCGGCGGUUCAAGGACCUGAGGACACUCAGCCUCUCUGGGAACCCCAUCGCCGAGGCAGAGGAUUACAAGAUGUUCAUCUGUGCCUACCUUCCCGACCUCGUGUACCUGGACUUCCGGCGCAUUGACGACCACAUGAAAGAGCUGGCAGAGAUGAAGCACCAGUACAGCAUUGACGAGCUGAAGCACCGGGAAAACCUGAUCCAGGCGCGGCUGGAGGAUGAGCAGGCCCGGCGGGAGGAGCUGGAGGAGCACAAGGCUGCAUUCGUUGAGCACCUGAACGGCUCCUUCCUGUUUGACAGCAUGUAUGCUGAGGAUGUGGAGGGCAGCAAGCUGACCUGCCUGCCUGGUGUGAGUGAGCUCCUUGAGGCCUACAAGGACAAAUUUGUCAUCAUCUGCCUGAACAUUUUCGAGUAUGGCCUGAAACAGCAAGAGAAGCGGAAAGUGGAGCUUGACACCUUCAAUGAGUGUAUCCACGAGGCCAUCCAGGAAAACCAGGAGCAGGGCAAGCACAAGAUCGCCAAGUUCGAGGAAAAGCACUUGCUAAGUCUAAGUGCCAUUCGAGAUGAGUCUGAGCUGACCAAGCUCGAGAAGAAGAUAGUGGAAUACAGCGGAGACAUCACGGAACUGUUCAACGUGCUCAUGACGCUAGAGAUGCAGUUGGUAGAGCAACUGGAGGAGACCAUAAACAUGUUUGAAAGAAACAUCGUCGACUUGGUGGGACUCUUUAUCGAAAACGUCCAAAGCCUGAUGGCUCAGUGCCGGGACCUGGAGAACCACCACCAUGAGAAGCUCCUGGAGAUCUCCAUCAAUACCCUCGAGAAAAUAGCCAAGGGCGAGUUUGACGAGGACCUGCCUGACGACGUGCGCUCACUUUUUGUCGACAAAGACACAAUUGUAAAUGCUGUCGGGGCAUCACAUGACAUCCACCUCCUGAAGAUCGACAAUCGAGAAGACGAGCUGGUCACCAGGAUCAACUCUUGGUGUACACAUUUAGUGGACAAGAUUCACAAGGAUGAGAUCAUGAGGAACCGCAAGCGAGUGAAGGAGAUCAAUCAAUACAUCGACCACAUGCAGAAUGAACUGGACAACCUGGAAUGCAGCGAUCUUAUAGAUUAGGGGCAUGUCUGCCUAGUAGGUUCCUUUUGAAAACACAGCAGUCACCCUGGCCUGUGAGAACACACACUGCACUGACCACCUCAGAAGAGAAUUCCUGGGGAUCUCUCAACCCAUGACCCCCAUAACACCAUCCUUCUCCCACCCCUGGAAAAACUUUCAAAUGGAGAGAAAAAUAAAGGACUUUUGUCACCUUC